CGCGGGUCUAUUUAAGCGGCCCGUGAACUUCUCUGAUGAUUUGUAAACAGUUUGCCGCUGAUACUGUACUGUACAUGUGCUGACAGUUCAAGAUGACAAAAUUGACCUGCCUCGCUGUGGCCGUGCUAGUUGUCUUGGUAACCAAUGGAUACUGCCAGGAUAGCGGCGACGAUGCGCUGCAGUUUGAAAUGAAACCUCAGUCGACGUUCCAAGGCUGUCUUCUUCGCUGCUUGGACAAAGACCUUUGCUGUUCGUGUAAGGAAUCGGACAAACUGUCGAUGAAUGCAGCGAUGGUAAACGAUUUCAGUAAAACUUGUGCAUCCUCAGACGUUUUGAAAUGUUCUAUCGAAUGGGUCAACUCCUGGAUGAAUGCUGAACUUGGUGGAGCCAGCAACUGCACUGUACAGGACAAGGUUGAGAAAGAAGUUAACCAAUGCACGAGAAAGUGCAAUGGACGGCCCUGGUCGAAACCACUUAACCUUGACCAUCCCCUAGACCAUCCAAGUCAGCCUUCCGAACUCUCGGACCUUUCAAGUUACAAUGAACCUGACUUCACCGAAUAUUGCAACGAUAUUCGAGCCGGUGGUAUCUUUUGUACGUCCUAUAGGAAAGACAGUUUUACCGCCGGCAUCACGCGAUGUCGCUCUGGGAAUCGUUGCGGUUACCAUGGCUACUCAUAUUCUUGGUGUUACGUCGACUUCAGUAACAGCUGGGACUAUUGUUGCACUGGAUCGUGUGGAUUUGGGUCAAAUACAAACUAUAUGUGGUGUUCAUCUGGAAGCACAUGGCAGUACUGUGGCAAAGCUGGUCGUAGAGAUGUAGAGGGAAGGCUCUGCUUGAAAGGGUUUCCAUGCGGAAUGCACCAGGAAAUUGGGAAAGCGAAUUAUUACUGGUGCUACACGGACAGCAGCCGGAACUGGGGCAAAUGUUGUCAGCCGUGGGAUCAAUGCAAGUCGAAAUGUGGAAAAUACAGCGCGUGCUACACUGGAUACAAGAAGGGGACAAACUUGAAGAAGUGUAGGGACCGUUGCGCGGAAUAGACUAUGUUUGACCUCUUUUCAUUUUCUAGUUACGCUAUGUUCUUUGACGGUAUUAAUUUAACCCUCUUGUUGUGUCACAUGGUUCGUCUAGUUUUGUAUGGUGGUGAUAUAUAUAUAUUAUAUGGAUCGAGACUCGUAUUAGUAUUGAUACGUGUGGGUGUAUGAUUUUAAUUAUAUAUAGAGGAUCUUACAGGAGUGUCUUUUUGCUAUAUAUUGAUAUAUACGGUAUGAGUUUUUCUUUAACUUCUGUUAGGCUAUACAACAGACGAGGAUAUCCACUAAAAAAACAAACAAACAAAACACCCAUAUUGGGCGACAUAUUGGACUAGCCGAUUUCAGAUGGACAUGAGUCCAAAUAUAUUUCCUGUCGUUUGGAACAAUGUCAAGUAAUAUUUUUCUUAUAUGCUUUAUCUUUCUAUGCGCCACGCCUAUCAUCGGAUGAUCCAAGCUUUGGCAAAAUCUACUUCAGCCGAAUACAACACCCUAGAUCAAGCUACUGUUGAUAUAGACCAGCCAUGUGGUACAAAUGUGAGUCGCUGAUUGGAAGAGAAAAAUACAGACCAGAAUUCCAUAGGAUCGACCGUUUUACUUCGGGAUAACCGGAAUUUGAUUUAAAAUGAUAUUUUGUGCUCGUAUUUUCAUGACGGGACUUGAAAAUGUCUUCGAGAUAUCCAGAAUUUUGAGAUAAUCGAGUUGGAGACAUAAAGUUUCAACUGUAUAAAUGAGCCGUGCCAUGAGAAAACCAACAUAGUGGCUUUGCCACCAGCAUGGAUCCAGACCAGCCUGCGCAUCUACGCAGUCUGGUCAGAAUCCAUGCUGUUCGCUUUCAAAGCCUAUUGCAAUUAGAGAAACUGUUAGCGAACAGCAUGGAUCCGCGCAGUCUGGUCAGGAUCCAUGCUGGUCGCAAACGCACUAUGUUGGUUUUCUCAUGGUGCGGCUCAUAUAAAGAAUGAAAUGCUUUUAUGUAGCCUACUUCAACUUUUACUUUUGCUGAGAUAAAAUGUACCAGUAUAGAACAUAUGUACAAAAUGCUUUAUUGCGCUGAUAUAUAUAUAGAACAAUUAAAAUAAAAAAUGUUUAUA